UUAUACUUGACAGUUCCUCUAUGCACAACUUUUCCCUCCUUAAUUGCUUUUGGCACGCUAUUGGGAUUUUUUGAUGCUGGAAACUAUGUUCUUUUACCUGUUCUCACUCUGGACUUGAUGGGAGCAGAGAAAAUGCCUGUGGCCUGGGGAUUUAUGAUGGCUGUCCACACAAUUAGUAGUUUUGGUCCACCAUUUGCAGGAUGGAUAUAUGACUUGUUAGGAAGUUACAACCUUGGAUUUGUAGUGCCUGGACUUUGCUCCCUUGCAGCAGCAGGUAUUCUUGCUUUCAUUCCACGGCUUAAAAAUACAUCAGUACAACAGAAGAAGAACAUUAUUCAUGCUUCUGUUUGUGAGGUAACAAACUCUAUCAUACCUUGGGAGUCACCACUUCCUUCAUCACAGAGUCUAAGUGAUUCAUAUGCAAAAUACAGUUCUGUUUGGACUUCCAUAGCAGACUUACCUAAAGUUGAGUAUACUCCUAUAUCAUCUCCAACAGAAAGCACAACAGAAGUAGAAAUACCUCUUGAAGAAGGCGAGGCUUCAGAUUCAAAAAAAGAAGCAUAUGUGGCUUUUGUAGAUGUUGAACAAUGUAAAGAUGAAGACCUACAUGAUGAAGGCACAGCAAAGACAGAAGUACCUCCUGAAGAAGAUGAGUUUUCAGGUUCCAAAAAACCUGCACAUGUGGCUUUCAUAAAUGUUGAACAAUAUGAAGACAAAGACCUACUUGGUGAAGACACGGGAAAGCUACCUUUUGAAGAAGGUGAGGUUUCAGGUUCCAAAAAAGCAGCAUAUGUGACUUUUGUAGAUGGUGAACAACAUAAAGAUGAAGUCCUAUGUGAUGAAGACAGAGAAAAGGUAGAAAUAGUAUCUCUUGAAAAAGAUGAGACUUCAGGUUCAAAAAAAGAAACACACGUAACUUUUGUAGAUGUUGAAGAUGAAGACCCACAUGUUGAAGGCACAGCACAAAUAGAAGAACCUUUUGAAGAAGAUGAGGCUUCAGGUUCAAAAAAAGCAGCACAUGUAUCUUUUGUAGAUGGUGAACAACAUAAAGAUGAAGUCCUAAGGUAG